UCUUAAUAGCGAGGAUAACUUGGUCAAAUAUUACGAACAAUAGCCAGCGUAUAAGCAGAUUGUGGGAGUUUUAUCAGGGGAUCCCAGGGUAAAGUCCAGUGGAUCGGAGUGUAGAGAUUCCAACCUCCAUAAUGCGAUUAACCAAACACAGUGGUUGAUACAUUGCUGUGUGGAUAUUUAUGGCACGACAUGCAGUUGUUUCGACGAUUGUUUUUUCUUUCUGUCACAUUCGUCGUCACAAGACCCAUUGAUUUCACUAGCUGAUCAGCAUCAGCCUUUAGUCAUUAUUGUCAUCUUCUUGCCAUCUCUAAUGUCGUCGUCGUUGAAUUCUUCGUCAUCACCAUAAUCAAGCCCCCUCCUUUUGAAGCCACUCAGCUACAUACGUAGUGUCCCCACACAACUCAAUAGCCUUCCUGUGUCGACAGAUGAAAUAGAAGUGACGAAUAUGAUUCUCCAUACAGCAGUGCGAAAUAUACAUGUACAUGUACAUACGUUUAAGCAACAUCAUACUGUGAUCACACACAGCUCCGCUUACGAGCCGCAACCGGAUAAAUCCCUACACCCCCGCGUCAACCCAUCCAUCUACUUAUAGACCGUCGACCGAGUGGAGGUGCAUGUAUUGUCUAGACCGUGGCGCGAGCCAGAAAUAGCUUGACAUCUUCGUCAUACAUCACCGAAACAUAGCGUGUGUUACGUCUCACAACAAAACUGUUUUGGUACACUUUUUGUAUAAAUUAUGACUGAGUCCAUGGGCCAAUCCGGACGUCCGUCGAAGUCAGCCGAGCACGCGCCGCGCCAGGCUACUGCCGUCGGUGAUUUGUAGCUCUGUUGUUACCCCUAUAUAAGGCGGGGUAUGGCGAAUGUUCACAAACAGAAGUGAGUGAACCAAGUAAAUGUGAGGUACACUUCUGGAAAAUGAGAAUGUGUAGUGAAUCGUUGGACGGCGUGUAGUGCAUACAUAGUAUAGCAGUAGUGUCAAGUACGCGUGUCGGUGCGUGUAUGGACACGGAUCAAGGUCUUUGUUCGGUGUAACAUCAAAUACCGGAAAAUCUGUGGUCUCUUCGGCUGGUUGGUUUUCCUUCAGAUAACACACACUCAUGAGUGGAACUGGUUGCGCCAUUUGGUUACCCACAGAGAAGCGAGCUGUCGGAGAUAAUGUAACAGUACGGUCACGGACAAGCCGGCAGAAGAUGAGCACUUUGUUCCCCCGGAUGACCUCGUUGCAUCUCGGCUUCAUCUGCCUGGCGCUGUGCUCGCUGCUUCAGGCGGUAACCGGCGGGUCGGGCCAGUGCAAGCUCAACUUCCAGGAGUACCAGAACCGACGGCGCUCGGCCAUCCAGGCCCAGAUCUUGAGCAAGCUGGGCCUGACGGCGCCUCCCACGGACAUCGGCCCCGAUGAGGUGCCCGAGGACGUGCUAGCCAUAUACAAUGAGACGGUACGGAUUCUGGACGAACGACGAGAGAUGAUGGAGUCCGUCUGUCAGCAAGCUCAGACAGAAGAGUAUUUCGCCAAGGUGCCCAAAGUUUACCAGGUUGACAAGAAGGACCACGGAGGCAUUUACAACUACCAAACAAUGAAGGAGCAGCAGUCGGAGUUCUUCCGCUUUGACAUGAGGUCUUACGUCUCCGAAGUCAACACAGACGAAGUCUACGAGGCCGAGCUGCGACUGUACCAGCUACCUAACGCCAUGAAGACUGAGCAGCAGCACAUCGAUGUGUACCAGCUAAUACCGUCCCAAAGCAACGGCAACCCGGGCAGGAAGCACAUCUACAGCACAGUGCGAGACACCACAGAUGAGGGCUGGAUCAAGAUAGACGUCACUCAAGCCGUCAGGGACUGGGUCAGCAUUCCAGAUUCUAAUAUUGGCAUCGAGGUUACAACCCCGUGCGACGACACAAUCCACGUCCUUUUUGCUCAUCCAAAAGGAACUAUGCCCAGCGUUAAAAUGCCCCAACGAGGCGACCAGCAGAUGGCCGAUAUGUCGCCGCCCGAGCAGCACCCACGCCUGAUCGUCCUUGCCCCGGCCAACGACACGAUAGGUCCCAACGGUGCCAGUGGCCGCCGAACCCGUCGGAGUACCUCAACAUACGGCCAGAACACGUGCUCGGACCAGACGCAGCCUAGCUGCUGCCUACGGCAGUUCUACGUCAACUUUAGGCGCGACCUGGGCUGGGGGUGGAUACGGCAACCCCGGGGCUACUACCCGAACUACUGCGCCGGCUCCUGCUCGUACGUGAAUGGAAGCGUGUGGAACGCACCGACACAUCACGGCUCGGUGCUGGACACGUACCGGCGGCUCAACCCGGACGCCUCCCCUUCGCCUUGCUGCUCGCCUCGGAGUUUUAAGCCCCUACAUAUAUUGUUUUACGACAGGGGUAGACCGAUCUUUAGAGAACUCCCAAAUGCUAUAGUGACGUCGUGUCAGUGCAGCUAGUGUAGUGCAGCCUUUGAAGAGUACUCUGAUUAACACGCAUUUGGAAAAUUUGCACUGAAAUGAAAGUAUGGCUGAAACUCUGAUGGAUUUGGAAGAUAUUCUCUGUCGCUUUCGUUCACAUCCGUGGCGCAGACCAAGUCGAAGUGGAGUAUCCAGUAUGCGGCGAUGGAGAAGUCUAACGCCCUGAACCCCUAGCGAAGGAAUACUCGGCAAACACCGUUGUAUAACGCGCUUGCCGACCAGCGGUCGAGUAGCUAAUGAACGGUGUUCUUGUCAUCAUUUGCACGUCCAUACAAUAGUAUGGCAAAAAAGCAUAAAAUCUGACCUUAAACUCCAAAAAACACUUGGUCAAUGAAAAUCGGAGUCUGUGGCUAGACUUAAGUUUGGUAACUUGACUUCCAUUUUAAAAAGUGUUUAUAAAGUCGUUAUGUGCGUUCUAAACACCGUCUCAGGCCUGUUCAUAAUAUUUGUUGCACUUUCAAUAUCUUCCUAUAAAAACGUCUUUGCACAACCCUGGUUGGCCAUUUCAUUACUAUGGCUGACUGUACAGCCUUAACUGGCCUGGGACGACUCGUAGCAUUAUCACCAAAUCGACAUUUUCCUUCAUGAUCUCUGCUGAUCCCCAAGAUAAGAUUUCCCCCGCAAAGAAAGUGAGCAUGCACACGAUGGGUUUUGUUUACUUCACCUUUUUUUCUCAAAUUCAGGUCUUUGUCGCCAACCACCAUCACACCCUGAAGUGUGAGCAAGCGUUCACGAUAUGCGUUGUACCAUUUGGUUGUUCGGUGUCACAACCCUUCUUCAGAUAUAGAAUUUAAACUGCUCUUGAUAUUGCGAAAUAUUGAGUUUGGCAAUAUGAGCAGGUACAUGUAGUUGACUUUUAUAUUAAUGACACGGAUAAUGCAGGGUUUGUCUAGCCUUAGAUGAGGAAAUACUUUGAAUGGAUGUAUAUAUUGGUGCGAUUUAAUCGCUGGAAAGAAAGUAGGCGUCAAUGUUCGCUCACUUUGUAAAACGGUCAUAAACAUCUGUCUCGUCCAACAUUUACGACAUUGGACUCCGUAACCAUUGAUAUACUGCGCGUUCUCAGCACAUAGUGCAAUGAGAACACACACACGCACCAACGUACGAAGUUUGGAUUUUAGAGGGGUGCAGGUUUCAGGACGACACCGGUGGUGAAGAUUUCCGCCAUUUUGUGUUUGCUGUAACGGCUAUUAAUUUCCUUUUCGGUGGCCGCUUUGCCGAUGGAGUUACGGAUGCUGAUGUUAUCACACAGUGAAGGCACAAUGUACAUGUAUGUAGAUAGACCUCUGUGCCAUUACAAAUGCCUGCAGUUAAAGGUACAAAGUACCCUGAAUAUUUUUGUAAACUUUAAAGCAUCGUAGCCUUUUUGUUGUAAUAGCGUAAUUUUUUUAUUGAAUUUUUCAAAGUACUCGGGCUGUUUUACAGUGUUUUAUUAAAUUAUUGGGGGUAGACGGGACACAGUAUAUUUAAAGCCUUAAUUUAUGGCUGAAUUAAGUUAUGAUCAAGAUACCAAAGAGGGCUGACUACGCGAGAAGUUUGCAAAGACUGGUAUGAGUGAAAACACACGAGUGUCACCUUAUUUUCGAGGGAAAUGCAGGGAACAAAAAGUGCAAAAGUGACGAUUUCCUCGCUGGGGGGGAUAGGUUCUGUAUUUUUUGUUGGUGCUAUAAAAGAAAACUGAUCUGAUAAUUCAAACUGAUAAUUCAAAGGAAUUAUGCAAAUAAAUCACGACUUAGCUGCUGUGGCAGCAAGGUAAUUACGUGUAUGAAUAAAUUUAGAAAAAAGUGUUGGCAGAUGUUUUGAAACUUGGACUGCUUUCUUCCUCUCCAAUUAAAUACUGCCUGCAGAAUGUGGAAUUCUGUGUAAAAAUUAACCACGAGUAAGUAAAGUCAUGAGUACAGAGGCGUCUGGGGUACGUGCGGACAUUUUCUUCAAGAUCUGUUAUCUUGAAACAAUAAUUUCCGCCAGAUUGCACAAACUGUCGCUGACAUUUCAACCUGUGUACCUAAUAAAGCCUUUUGGGAACCGGACCAAGAUGGCCGCAGAUUUAGGGCACGUUUUAUUUGGACAAAUGUGUUGAAAACAAAGUUAACAAAUUUCACGUAACAUUUAUGGCGUUAUAUGUAUAUAAUUGUAUUAGGAUUUUUUGUCGUUUGUCUUGCAUUCACAACAUAAGAGACUGGAUUACGCUGCAAUUAACGUGAGCUUAAUGUUACAUUUCUUGUCCGUGUUCCCUUUUUUCCCUCGUACUUCUCCCGUGUCACCUCUGUUUGCAUCAAGUGCGAAGGCCGAUCAAGUCUUGGCCAGAUUUCUUGGCAACAUAGCUAUUUCUUGGCCGUUAGAAAAACACGGCUGAAAUUGAUAUUGAAAUUUAUAAAACAAAAAUGUUACGUGCAUAUUAAGUGAACGGUGUGUGGUUGCUUAAUACCCAUUGAGUUCACGAGACAUCUUGAAAUGAUGUUUAAGGGAGACUUAAAGUGUACUUCUGCCGAUAUCAUGAACAGUCUGUUGCUGUAGACUGCACUUUCUCUGAAUGUAACAUCUUUUCUAGAGGGAUGUUCUUCUCAAAUUCCGCAAAGAUGCUUGCUUUUCUCCCCCGUUUCUUGAACCCUUCAGGUUAUUGCUUCCAUUUCUUUCCGCAACCUCGAUUUGUCCGCAGACAGACAGAACGUUUAACCCUUUAAAACCAAAGCUGAACAGACCAGGGUCUUCCGAUAUCCAGUAAGAGUCCGACACGAUGUGUAAAGUAACAUGAAUGACGUCGUGUCUGCGUCAGAGCAGACAUCAGGCCGGACAGUAAUGAAUAAUGCAAUGUCUGAAGAUUCGAGACGACGGUGAAACUGUCGUCUUGAUGUGUAAACCUUCGGUUAUGCAUUGUCGUCACGAACAUCAGUUGUGGUCAGAGGUGUUUUACCCAAUAAAUUAUUGGUAUAUAAGAGCAACUUUC